AUGUCCCUCUCCACCGACGAAGAAACAGUAUCUCCAAACCAUAACAUCCCCCUCAGCGCCCACCUCCGCGAAAUCGUCAGCACCUCCCUGACCCAGGACCCUCCACCACUCCGCCACCGUGGCCUCUCUCGAGACGCCACUAGACUUGCCGAUCACCUCCUCUACGCUCUCAUGAUCGACUAUACCAUUCCACAUUCACCCCGCCAACUUUUCUGUCACAUGACUUCGAUCGGGUUUGGCUUGAAAAUGCAACAUGCUGUUGCCAGUGCGAGGGGUGUAAGGUUUCCGGGUACGGGGUAUGAUACCUACCAUCUCGCCCCGAUACUUUGGAGGCUCCAUACUACCGCGACGGAGCUUGGGAUCCCGAUCUAUGCGGUGGAGGAGUCGUUGUUGGAGGGUUAUGCAGCGGAUAUGAUGAAGUCCUGCAAUGGCACCACCCGUCUAUCCUCAUACGCGCGAGAAAACGGCCUGGCAAAACUCCGCAAUAGGCUCUACACAGACAUCUUCGUCAUCAUGCCGCGAGUAGCCAGGGACCGGCGCCAGGCCCAGUGGCUGGCACGUCAGGCUAUGCUCUUCGGAUUGCGGAAGUUGGUGGGCAAGGUUUCUGGAUGGGUAGAGAUCCGGGAAGAUUCUGUGAGGUUGCUGGUGGCGUAUGAGAGAGGUGCGGAGCGGUUGGAUUUGAGGGGGGGUUUGAGUCUAUGGGAGAGGAUUUGGAUGGAGAUGAGAGGAUGGAAGGGCUCGACAGGUAGAGUACCGGGAACAAGUGACGAGGAGCGUGGAAAGAAGUCCUCGGAGCGCGAACAAAACGGAGCGUGA